CCAGGUGGACAGGAAGCAGCAGAGGAUGGACUAUCACUCCAGAAGCUGAAAAUACAGAAGAAACUGUCUAGUGGUGCUCUGGUCACAAAUCAGUCUUUACUGGUUCUACCCAGCCGUGUACCAUGUGAGAAUCCAAUGGAGAUCUUCAUUCUUCUGCAGGAGGCCAUGGCCAGCAAAGAUGCAGUGGUGGAGUUCAGUGGGAAUAAGCAGCGAGUGAAAGUGAAGCCUAUAAAUUGGAAUGAGAGCACACUGAAAGUGAUUGCACCUGAUUUUACUUCUGGACAUGUGAUUGUAACACUUUACAGUAAAGGCCUCGUGAAAGGCAAUGCCUGCUUACAGUACUACACCAUCAUGGAAGACAUUGCCCACUUCCUUCAACAGGCUGCAGAUCCUGUAAAGUUUAUGUGCCAGGCGUUUCAAGUGUCUUCCUUGGAAAAGCUGGAUCAAACUCUGGCUUCUUGUUUAAUGCGGAAAAUGCCGACAGGAGGUUUCAAGGGCCUGCAGUGUGGUCAGUCUCCUGCUGGAGAGUGUCAUUCAGAGGACAUUCCUUCUCUCCUGCAUUUUGCGGCCCAGCAUGGAUUGAAAGAUCUGGCGAGUGCUUUGCUGCAGUGUCCUGGAUCCAGACAGGCCCUUAAUAUCUCCAACAGCCAUGGACACACGCCACUGGAUCUUGCACACGUACAUGGACACAACCAGCUCUUUAUCCUCCUACAAGAGUCCUUGGUAAGUAAUAGAUCUGAAGCAUAAUUAUUUCAUACGUCUUCCCCAUUUAAAAAAAAUGUUAGUUAUCUAUGCAAAGCAAACUGACCCAUACAAUUAGAAGCAUCACUUGAAAGCAAAGGUCAAUAAAACACAAUCUAAUUAUAAAAUAGUAAUUUUAAAAUUAACCUAAUUUUCAAUUCAAAUUGUUCUGACAAAUUCUUCUCUCCUCUACUAAAACUGCUCUAACAGAUUUGUUUUGAUCUAACAGUUUGAGGGGAAAAAACUGACAAAAAGACAAUCAGUU